AUGCAGGCUCUCUCACCAGUGAAGAGAGCACUCCCGUCCCAUAUUAUCACCCGAUACUUUUCUGUAUCAUCCUCAAUCAUGGGAGAAGGUGAUACCGGUGCGCCGAAGCCGCGGGGUUUCCUCGCUGAGAAAGACACGUUCACUCAACGCGGGGCAGCCCAGGAGGGGAUGUAUAUCAAAGAGCAGGAGAUGGAGAAAAUGAGGCUCCUUCGCGAGAAGCUGCGAGAGUCACAGAAGCACAUGGAGGAGCUCGACAAACAUCUGGAGGAAUAUGCCAAGACUCAGGGCGGCGAACAGGGCUGA